UGAUUCUGGAGAGGGAUCUGUAAUUCAAUUCAAAGCUUUUACCAUCUUCAACCGUUCCCUCUCUCACUUUCUCAUCCCUUAAAAGAAUUCCCAAUUUCCUUCUAAAUCGUCCUCUUUCACGUUCAUUUCUUUUCCGAUUUCCCAACAAAAACCGUUAGCAUUCUUUUUUUUUCCCCAAUGGCAACUAGAAACCGGACCGUCCAGUACAAAAAGCACAGAGACGCAUUAAAGAGCGUUCGAGCUCCUCUCUCUUCCUCAGCGUCCGGUUCCGGUGGUCCGGUUAUUGAAAUGGUUAACGCUUCUUUCCUUCGCUCCAAUCGUCCCUCUUACACUCCUCUCAGCACCGAAGAAGACCCUGGUCCUUCAAGUAGUGGUGCCUUUACGAUAGGUUUGCCGCCGGUUUGGAUUGACGAUUCGGAAGAAAUAGCGGCAAAUAUUCAACGAGCUAAGGUCAAGAUGGCGGAGUUAGUCAAAGCUCAUUCCAAGGCUUUAAUGCCUUCAUUUGGAGACGGCAAAGAAGAUCAACGCGCGAUUGAGGGUUUAACCAAAGAAAUUACAGAUCUAUUAAGGAAAUCAGAAAAGAGAUUGCAAAAGCUGUCGAGCAACGGAUCGUCCGAGGAUUCCAAUCUCAGAAAAAAUGUGCAGCGUUCACUUGCGACUGACCUUCAGAGCCUGUCCAUGGACUUGCGGCGAAAACAGUCAACUUAUUUGAGACGGCUGCAGCAGCAAAAAGAGGGACAGGAUGGUGUUGACUUGGAGUUGAACUUGAAUGAGAACAGAAAUAGAUUAGAAGAUAGUGAAUUCAGUGACGUGGGUUUUAAUGAGCACCAAAUGAGCAAGCUGAAGCAGAGUGAGUUUUCAACCCUAGAAAGGGAGAGAGAAAUCACUCAGGUUGUCAAGUCAGUAAAUGAGCUUGCUCAAAUUAUGAAAGAUCUCUCAGUCCUUGUGAUAGACCAGGGCACGAUUGUCGAUCGGAUAGACUACAAUAUCCAAAACGUAGCUACAUCUGUCGAGGAGGGCUUCAAACAGCUCCAGAAGGCUGAGCGAACACAGAAGAAGGGAGGAAUGGUGAUGUGUGCAACAGUGCUUGUAAUUUUAUGCUUCAUCAUGAUAGUCCUUUUGGUCCUCAAAGAGUUAUUCUUGUGAUCAUAUUAUCAUACAGUACUGACAGCAGCUUAGCAUCCUAGUUUGACAUGAUUCAUCAGGUAUAUAUUCAGAUCGGGGAACCACCAAUGAUUUUCUUGAGAAUGAUCCUGAUAGGACUCAUAAACUAACAUUGGUUGUGGGGAAUUUGUACAUAGUUUUGUAUCACACUUUUUUCUCAGAAGUUUGUGUAGAGGUCAUUCUAGAGAACUUUUUCAAAUAGGUGCCUGGGAAUUAGAUUGUCAAAAGUUCCUUUCACAUUGUAAUGAGGUGAUUUUUACGUGUAACAAGACAAAUUUGUGCGGAUAUCUCAAAGUAAUGAAAAGCAGAAGGCAUACAGGGGUUGUUAUGAACUCUUGAUAUUCUAGUGGCA